AUGAAUUGCGACGGUACCGACUAUUCCUCUCUAUUCUAUUGUUUAAAGCAUUAUACUUUUGUUAAAUUUAAUCUCUUGACCGGGCAUAUCGUACGGAAAAAGAAAGAUGUUAUUGUGUAUAGACUGGUUACAUGUGGAACUGUUGAAGAAAAGAUCUACAGGAAGCAAGGAUAUGCACGAAACAUCUAUGGAAGCUCCAAUUCCCCUACCCUAUCUGAGUUAAAACUUUUGACUGAGUUGAGAAUAAGUGAUUUGAAUGGACCAACUAUGACAUUUACUAAUCCGAAGGAUUUGAAAAACUUGCAACUACUGGAGCUGAGAAAUUGCUUAAUCACAGGUCCUAUUCCCGAUUACAUUAGUGAAAUGACAAACUUAGUUAUUUUAUGA